AUGUUCAAGAUUAUCCUAAUUGCUACUGUCAUCGCAGUACUAGCCGCGGAACCACAACAUGGUCAUUACCACGACCACCACCACGGUCACGCCUCCUCAUCACAGAGUCUCCACCAGCACCACUCACAUGGGACCGAAAAACACGUCGUGUACUACGGUCACCCUAAGUACGAGUUCUCUUACCAAGUGAAGGACCCUCACACACACGACAUCAAGUCCCAGCACGAGACGCGCGACGGUCACCUCGUGCACGGCGAGUACAGCCUGCACCAGCCCGACGGCAGGGUCAGGACUGUCAAGUACCACGCUGACCACAAGACUGGAUUCAACGCCGACGUGCACUACUCCGGUCACGCCCAACACAUCGUUCCUCAACAUCAUCACCAUCACUAA